AAGGUGCAAUAAAAGAGACGAAGAAGAAGAAACAACAAAUUUGCUGCCAGUACUGCUGAUGAUAAUUAACAACAUGAACACUUUAAAUGUAGUCAUUUGGCUUUCGUACGGUCCUCUGUUUGUACCAGGGGACAAAAGACCAGUCCGAAUCCGAACUUAGGGCGUGUGUCUCUGGCGGCGGACGUUAUCUUUGUAGCCUGUUAGGAUUAGCAUUAGCUCCCGGUUGCCUGACAACGGAGAAGAAGCCAAACAAAGUUAGCUAACAGUUAGCUAACAGGCUAAGGGCGUCGGAGCCUGUUCGGUUCUUUUAGGGGCUUUGUUGGGUUGUACGGGUUUUGUUGAGGAGAGGUUGGUGUCGCGCACACAGCGGGAUGGCGGAUGACGGUCGACGCGGGGAUGAGGAGGACCGCGGCCCCGGAGCUGCUCAUCAGGUGUUUGUGGUGAUGGAGUGUCUACUGGAGAAGCUGAAGGUGCUGAACUAUGAGGAGGUUUUAGCCAAACACAACAUGAAGAACCUGAGCAGACAUUAUUUCGUCUCCAGUCCGUACCUGGCGUCCAACCCAGGUGAGCAGUUCUACAUGUUCACUGUCCUCGCUGCCUGGCUCAUCAACACGGCGGGCAGAACCUUCAGUGAACCACAGGAGUAUGACGAACCCAACGCCACCGUGUCCAACAUCUUGGCAGAACUCAGAGCGUUUGGCGUCAAAGUGGACUUCCCUCCGUCCAAACUCAAGUCCGGUUCAGGAGAGUACGUGUGCUUCGUGUUGGACCGAUUGGCCGAGGAGGCUCUGAGGAGGCGGGGCUUCUCCUUUAAGCGGCCCAGCUACCCAACAGAAACCACAGAAGAAGAGUCUGUGAUGGAGGACGACGCCGAGCUGACGCUGAGUAAAGUGGAGGAGGACAUGAUCGAGGAACCCGAUGACGAGGAAGAGAACGUGAUGGACCUGGAGGCUCUGAAGUUACGGACCACACACACUGACGCACAACCCGCAUCCAAACUGGACGACAUCCUGGAGGCGACGGUGGACGCCAACGAGUGGAACCUGGAGGUGGAGAGAGUCCUGCCCCAGCUGAAGGUGACAGUCCGGACCGACAACAAGGACUGGAGGAUCCACGUGGACCAGAUGCAUCAGCACAGAGACGGGAUCAAGUCGUCGCUCAAAGAGGCCAAGAGUUACCUGGACAAACUGCAGGAGGACAUCGGGAAGACUCUGGAGAAAGUGAGCAGCCGAGAGAAGUACAUCAACAACCAACUGGAAAACCUGAUCCAGGAGUACCGCAGCGCACAGGCCAAGCUCAGCGAGGCGAAGGAGCGCUACCAUCAGGCCAGUGGAGGAGUCACUGAAAGAACCAGAGUCCUGGCAGAGAUCAGUGACGACCUGGAGAAGGUGAAGCAGGAGAUGGAGGACAAAGGCAGCAGCAUGUCCGACGGAGCUCCCGUGGUGAAGAUCAAACAGAGUCUGACGAAGCUGAAGCAGGAGACGCUGCAGAUGGACGUGAGGAUCGGCGUCGUCGAGCACACGCUGCUUCAGGCCAAACUCAAGGAAAAGUCCAACAUGACACGGGACAUGCAUGCCACCAACAUCCCUGAACCUGCCGCCGGGCCGUUCGCCUAGCACCGUCACCACGGUGACAGGAAGGAAGGUCACAUGACCCCAGAGUUUAUGACGGACACUCGUCCUCUGUACAAACGCAUAUGUUUAUUUAUCCUCAUCUGUGUUUUCUACAAGUUCUGUGUUUUUGAAAAUACAAUAAAUGUUUUAUUGUUAAUAAUUAAAGAGAAUUUAAAGUGAA